ACAAAGGCAUUAUUCUCAGAGCUUAUCUUACCACUGGAGCAGAAACUAGAAAAUGAAUUCCGAAGAUCAUCGGGCCAGCACAAGAAGUACAACCAUGGCCACAAAACCGUUGUCGUGCCUUAUGCCAAAGCUUAUGACUCCCUCAGAAAGUUCAGGAAGAAAACCAAGAACAAACUUGUGUAUGAUGAACAAAAGGAAGGGCAGUAUGUAAAAACUUUAAACAAAUGCCAGGACAAACUGGACGAGUUCCGUAUCCAGGGUCUAAAGCUGGCUUUACUGGAAGAAAGAAAAUGUCACUGUUUCUUGUUAGACAGACUGUCCACCAUCGCAAGUAUGAAUACAGCACAUCACAGACAAGCAGCAGAGAUGUUGACUAUGGGAUUACCUAGCUGGCGACAUCUGUCAGCUAAGCCCCACAUCUUACCCCCAGAGGCUGACCGUUUACUCAUGAUACAGAAGGAUGACGAUUUUGAGCAUGCAAAUGGUUCUAUAUACCGUGUCAGUAACGGGUAUACGCCUGAUGAGACUCGGUCCGUAGGUACACCUUACAGAAGAUCCAGGAGCUAUCAUGAUGGGCCUCGCAUCCCGAUGGACUACAAUGGAGAUUUCUCAUAUGCAACAAGGACCAUGCCACCAUCACGGGGAAUCAGCGUACCGCCUCCCCCUCCCCCAGGCGUGUCCCAGGUGAGAGCUAUCUACACACAUGCUGCUGAGGGAGACAGUAAACUCAGCUUCACAGAGGGGGACGUAAUCAACCUUAUAGGAGAGCCUGCCGAGGGAUGGCAUUAUGGUCUAAAUAACCGCAGUGGCAGGUAUGGCUGGUUUCCGAUGUCCUUCACAGAACCAAUGACGGACAUGCCUGGGAGAGAACCACAGCCGAUGGGUCAUCGUGUAAAGAGUAUGGGUGAUCUAGACACAAGGUCACUUUCAGAUGGUGGCAGUUUUCUGGUUGACGGGGAUGUUCCAGGGGCCACAAGACGUCCUAAGUCUGUUUACGAGACCUCAGGAAUGAGGCUUGUCAACAACCCAACACAGAAUGAGGUGACCACAUCUGGUUAUGGAAAUCGUCAAUCAUCGAGUAACCCUCCUCCCCCUCCACCACCUGUAUCAUCAGUCCAUGGUGACAGCCGGCCGAGACCACCUACGUCAAUGCCCCCUGUGCCUCCGAAGAUAUCAAAUGGACAGGGGGGCUCGCAUCCAGCAGAGGACUACGAAACAGACGAGGAGGAAACAAACUUCAGAAGAAAUCCUAAAUUUGCAGCAGUGAACCUAAAGAAGACUGUAACAAAUGACAGAUCAAAGCCAAGGAUAUGACGAGGAGUUAACGCUGUAUACCUCCCGUAUAUAUAGACAGUAUCACAAGUACACUAACACUCCAGGAAAAAUGAACAAAACUUUGUUCCUAUCAUGAAAAAAACCCAGUUUACCUAUACAAUAUUGGAUUAGCCAAAAAAAGGUGCCUCCUUGCUAAGGAUAUUACACAAACCGUUUGUGGUCAGAUAUGACAAGAACACCUUGAAUCUUGGAGAAAAUAUGUAAACAUAACAGGAACACAAACAGAUCAUAAACAAUGUACUACAUAGUAGGGUUUAGCUGUCAUCACUUUGUGGCAUUAUUUUGUACAUAGAAUCAUAACUCAUAUUAAACAUCAUAUUUUAGCUCUCUGGCCUGAAGCGCCAAGUGAGCUGACGCCAUGGCACAACGUCUGUCAUAGAUCAAAUGUUAAUCAUCUGCCCGACCCUUUGGUAGGGAAAGGCACCCAAAAUGUAACAUGGAAGUGGGUUGGUUGAUAUUUAAAAGACCACCUUUCAAGUUUUGGUAAAAGAAUUUGGACCUCAAUGGAGAUUGAUAUUGUAUACAGAAGGAUGUGGCUCCCUUUUUUGGCAGAGGGGCUUAGCUCAUUAGGGGAUAUAGGGACAAAAGUAUUUUUGACUACUCCAUUCUAUUGGGCAGAUGUUAACAAAAAAUCAUCAUUCCAUGGCCAUUUUUAUAUUUCUAUCAGAUUUGAAAUCCAAGAUUGCAGCUUUGCCUGAGACACAUUCAACUUCUCAGUUUUUUUAGGCAAAAUUUGACCAAACCGUAUUCAAAUGUUUCUCUCACGACCGUGAAUAAGUGUUGUUAAUAUUUGUACCGUAUUUAACAUCAUUGGUCAACUGUCUCUUAAUUGGCCGAGACAUUUUCCACUUCUCAACUUCCAAACAGGCCAAUGUUAGUGAAUGUAGUGAAACUCUUUAGGAAUUAGGCUCUCCUGGUCCUGAACAGGUUUUAUAUUUUGGGCAAAUUGGAAUAUAAAAUGGCCACCCUGUCUUCCAAUUGGAUGAGACACUUCUAACCAAUUCUCAAUUCCACUUGAUUAAACUUAACAAAAAAAUACAAAAAAAACUACCUGUCAUUGACCUUACCAGUUGUUUUUUUAAAAUGUUUGAUCCAGAAAAUGUAAAUGGCCACCAUUAUCUCAAAGGUUUUUGUAAAAUUCGAAUAAAAAUGAAAGUGGUGAGUGACUGGGGCCCUAUAUGCCUCUUGUAUAAAAUGUUAUAGGAAUAUACAGGUUCUCUUAUUUUAUUUUAUAAUUUGUAAAUUAUUCAUUCCUAUUCUGUAAGUGCUUUAAUUUCAGAAAGCUAAAUUUUGUAUUUCAAUCAUACAUUGAAUGCAUUCUGAGUAUUACUGGCAAGGAAUUCACACAUUGUAAGCAAAAUGCAAAAAAAAUUGGAGAAUUAUACCUCACCCCAUGAAGCAUCAUUUUAGUGCUAUUACAAAUAUUUAUGACAUCAAACACUGUUUCAUUCAUUAACAACUUAUACAUGUAUGUCACGUAUAUUGUUGGGAUAUUAACAAAUAUUUAUGUAGAAUUAAAAGGGUAAAAUGUGGAUGUUAAAUGUAUUCAGCUUGUCGCUACUGUUGUAAAUCUUGGCUUUCGUUGCAAUUUCAAUGUUAUUUGUGUAAGAGUUAUGCCCCUUUAAAACAUUUUCAUUAGAAAAUCAUUUGGAGCCAGUUGUUAAAAGCUUGGUCAUUUUAACUACAAUUUAAAACGAAGCUUUAAUCCUGUAUAUUUCAAAACAAAUUUAAAUUUGAAACUAAAACUACAGUUAUAGGGAUCCAUCGUAAGAUAAAUAAUGCAAAAUAUAUGUAGGUUUUCAGAGAUUUCACAAAAAUUGGGUAUUUAACAUUUGCAUCAAGGUGAUCAGGAUUUUAACAACUGGUCAGACUCGUGUGGAAGUCUUUUAGAAAGCAGAAGCACUUAAGGUAGCAUUUGUCCUUAAGUUAUGAGAAGUAGAUUUAAGCUCUCUUUAUCUGAUGUAUAAUGAAUUGUCAAAUGUUAGAUAGUCGUAUGUCCUUAGGUUAUGAGAAGUAGAAUCACUCUUUUUAUUUGAAGUAUACUGAAUUGUCAAAUGUAAGUAUAAAAACAAUUCCUUUAGUCACACACAAUCAUGUACUAUGUACAUGUAUAAUGUUACUGGUGGUUUUUUUCGCUGUUUAAUAGCACAGAGAAUUAGCUAGUCAUUAAAGGAAUCCGUGCCAUCUGUCACUAUUUAUAUAAAUGAUAUAAUUUCUUUAUUUCAUGCAGUGCUUACACUUGACUUGUAUUACUAGCUCUGUGAUAUAGUGUGUUCGUGUCAAGUGUCGGAUAACUUCUUUAUAAAUUUAUUACAAGCAAAUAUUUCACUGCUAGACGUUGGUGAUAUAUUGAUAUUGAAAAAUAGAAUUUAGUAUAUUAUUAUAUUGCUAUAGGUUGUUUUUAUUUUACAUGAAAGGUUUAUUUACGCAACAAGAAGUAUGUGCAAUUGGCUGUUUGAAAAUUUACAUCAUGCAGGAAUGAAACUUUGUUGGUAAAUAGAAGAAAAUAUAUAUGCAUGUAUAUAUAAAAACUGAGGCUUUUAUUAUUAUAUUGAAUACCAACAGCAUUAAACUGAGCAGAUAGUUUAAGAAAGUCAUCUUUUCAUCCACAUCCAAUGUUACUAAUUGUUAUAUGAUGCCAAAGAAAGUUUUUGCCUCAUUUCUGAAUAGUGAUAUUCAAAUAAUCAUCAGGCACCAUGUCUGUUUACCAAUUAUUGUGUCUGUACAGUGCAGUUGUAUGUCAAAAUACACAUUACUCCUGAUACACUUUCAUCCAUUACCUCUGGCCUAAUGUAUAAAAUAAAGAUUACCUUUUGUACAAUGUAUAUUAUACAAUAUUGUAACUGGUGCAUUAUGAACCACCUACAUAAAUACUUGAGAAGUGUGUAAUACAUACAGUUUCACCAGUGCAGUGUAUCAUACAUACAGUAUCACUGGUGCAGUGU